UUCACCAGGACAGAUCAACUUUCACCUAUGCCUCCUAUGUCGUACUUUGUCCGAACUCUGCUCAUAGUACUCUCAGUUUCAGCCGCCGCUGCUGCUUCCGGGGACCCUACUUGCAAGUAUGUGGACGAGUACUUCCCCGACUGCUUGGAUUUUCUCGUGGGGAAUUACUUCAUCCCGCCUCAGGAGUGCUGUCGAAGCGUCGGGGCACUCAAUUACAUGGCGAAUCACUUGAUGGGUCCGCGCGUGAUAUGCCAGUGCAUCGAGGCCAUGGUGACCGGAACGAAACCUCCACUAAUGGCCUCCCGAAUCGAGGCUCUUCCUAAAUACUGCGUCACGCACCUCAGCUUCCCCAUUUCCUCCAGCAUGGAUUGCUCUAGGUAG